CAACCGUCGCCCCUCGGAGGCAGGGCUCGUUCGGCUUCUGUCGCGGCAGAGGCGGCCGGCGGGGAGCCGGGGCCGCCGGCGGCCCGAUGAAGACCCGGCGGGGCCGGCCUUCCCGCUGGCUAUGAGCCGCCCUCGCUAGGAGCGGCGCGAAGCGGCGCCUCCGGCGGGGCAGGAUGACCCACAUGCUGCAUGCGGCGGCCCGGCGGGUGCAAUGGAGCAGGGCGAGCGCCGCGAAGAGGGCUGCGUGCCUGCUGGCUGCGGCGUACGGGCUCAGAAUCCUCUAUCCCAUCAUCCGCAGGCGCGUGAAGCGGGCGGGCUGCAAGGGCGGCCCGCAGGACGCCGGCCGGGCUGAAGGGGGCCGGGAGGCGCCGCGCCGCCCCGGCAGCCGCGGCAGAGCCUCCCCGGCCGCGAACGCGGAAUUUUUCAAGCAGCUGCUGGAACUUCGCAAGCUCUUCUUCCCGAAGCUGGUGAGCGCCGAGCUGGGCUUGCUCUGCCUCCACUCGGUCGCCCUGGUUUCCAGGACCUUCCUCUCCAUCUAUGUGGCCGCCCUCGAUGGGAAGAUCGUGAAAAGCAUCGUGGAAAAAAAGCCCAGGAGCUUUGUCUGCAAAUUAAUCAAGUGGCUGAUGAUUGCGAUCCCGGCCACUUUUGUGAACAGCACCAUUCGGUACCUGGAGUGCAAGCUGGCCCUCGCCUUCCGCACGCGCCUGGUGGAUCACGCUUAUGAGACCUACUUUGCCAACCAGACUUACUACAGGGUGAUCAGCAUGGACGGGCGGCUGGCCAACCCCGACCAGUCCCUCACCGAGGACAUCAUGAUGUUCUCACAGUCCGUGGCGCAUCUCUACUCCAACCUCACCAAGCCCAUCCUGGAUGUUGUGCUCACCUCCUACACCCUCAUCCGCACGGCGCGGUCCCGGGGCGCUAACCCCAUCGGGCCCACAGUCCUGGCCGGGCUCGUCGUCUACGCUACGGCCCGCGUGCUCAAAGCCUGCUCGCCCAAGUUUGGCAAGCUGGUGGCUGAGGAGGCUCACAAGAAGGGCUAUCUGCGCUUCAUGCAUUCACGCAUCAUUGCCAAUGUGGAAGAGAUCGCCUUUUACCGAGGACACAAGGUAGAAAUGAAACAACUGCAAAAAAGCUACAAGGCUUUGGCAGAUCAAAUGAAUCUCAUUUUGUCCAAACGUUUAUGGUACAUCAUGAUAGAGCAGUUCCUGAUGAAGUAUGUCUGGAGUAGCUGUGGUAUGAUUAUGGUCGCUGUGCCCAUCAUCACCGCAACGGGAUUUGCAGAUGAAUUGGAAGAUGGCCAGAAACAGGCAAUGGUUAGUGAAAGAACAGAAGCUUUUACUACAUCACGAAACUUGCUGAUUUCUGGAGCAGAUGCUAUUGAAAGGAUUAUGUCUUCAUACAAAGAGGUUACUGAGCUAGCAGGCUACACUGCCCGUGUCUACAACAUGUUUUCAGUCUUUGAUGAGGUGAAGAGAGGCAUUUACAAAAGAACUGCAGUUAUUCAAGGGUCUGAAAACAACAGCAAGAAUGAAGAUAAAGCAGAAUUACACAUCAAUGGGCCCUUAGAAAUCAAAGGGAAAGUUAUUGAUGUUGAUCAUGGAAUUAUUUGUGAAAAUGUUCCUAUUAUUACUCCAAAUGGCGAUGUGGUGGUUUCCGGACUAAACUUCAAAGUGCAGGAGGGGAUGCAUCUUUUAAUCACUGGGCCCAACGGCUGUGGAAAGAGUUCGCUCUUCAGAAUUUUAAGUGGUUUGUGGCCUGUGUAUGAAGGAGUUCUCUACAAACCCCCUCCACAGCACAUGUUUUAUAUACCACAAAGGCCCUACAUGUCCAUUGGAACGCUACGUGAUCAAGUCAUCUAUCCAGACUCAGUGGAUGACAUGCACGAGAAAGGCUACCAAGAUCAGGAUCUGGAGUGUAUCCUGCAUAUGGUUCAUCUGUACCACAUAGUUCAAAGAGAAGGAGGCUGGGAUGCUGUCAUGGAUUGGAAGGAUGUCUUAUCAGGAGGAGAAAAACAAAGGAUGGGCAUGGCUCGGAUGUUUUACCAUAAGCCAAAAUAUGCAUUGCUGGAUGAAUGCACGAGUGCUGUAAGCAUUGAUGUUGAAGGAAAGAUAUUCCAAGCUGCAGAAGCUGCUGGGAUAUCCCUGCUUUCUAUAACACACAGACCUUCUCUUUGGAAGUACCACACUCACUUGCUGCAGUUUGAUGGACAAGGCGGCUGGCGUUUCGAGCAGUUGGACACCACUAUCCGUUUAUCACUGAGUGAGGAGAAACAGAGACUGGAAUCCCAACUUGCAGGAAUUCCUAAGAUGCAGCAGAGACUGAAUGAACUGUGUAAAAUCUUGGGAGAAGACUCAGCGCUUAAAACAAUGGGCAAAGAGGAAUAAAUAAUUUAUGGUUUAUGUUUUUAAAAGUAUUUUUUUAGUUAAAAGCAUUACAAAUCCAGCCAUUAUCCUUUGCAUGCAUUGUGAUAGAGGCUUAGAACAUAGAGAAACACAGCCAGCAGAAAAUAAUACUCUGAAUGCUAUGUAAGACUUUAGCAUUUUAGUAUUAAGGAAGAAAAUGGUUGAACUGUGAAGAGAAAAUAAGCAAAUGCACAGAGUAUAAGAUUAGUCAUAGCAGCUUAUGUUAAUUCCUAAUGAAAGCCCAAUUCACUGCAAGAAAACUACCAACACACUUAGGUUUUGUAGGUGAAUUUUUGCCUGAGACUUGGCCUGCAGAAUGUGCUCUUGUACCAGGUCACUGUGUGCGUAUGAUAUGCCUGCUACGCAGAGCAAACCCGGCAUGAAACUCAGGCAUGGAGCACGGCAGAGGCAGCAUCUGAGUGAGUAUGCAGAUGCAUGCAAAAAUCUCAUUUGGGUAUAAGAAACAUUCUUUCAGCCCAUGUAAAACCAAACUCCUGUUCUACUACUGAAUUACAUACACACCUUUACCUGCAUUUCCAUAGGAAGGAGCGUAAUAGGCUGACCAGAAGACAACUGUCCGAGCAACCCACUGCCAUUGUGACAGAGAAGCAGGGAUAGAGCUAAAUAUGUAAUACACUUGUGCUGUACUUUAUGCCAUUAUGCAUAGCUUCAGAGGCUCUUUAGCCUUCAUGAUACAUCAGUUCCUUUGGGGGAUUAUUUAUGUCCCCUAUUUGGUAACCUCUGGUGGGAGGAUGGAGCACUGGGCCCAGCAUUACCCAGCUGGUGUCUAUCUCCGACCCAGUUCCUCCAUUGGUAAAACCACAAUAUAGACACUUGUUUGUUCCACGAGACACUCUGUGACGAGAAGGAUUGUAGGAGAGGAAAAUACCGGUUUCUAACAAUACACUGAAUUCUCAGGCAUGGCUGUCCUGCCAGUUAAAAUGCUCAGCACUUAUAAAGGUCUGUGAAAAGUUAGAGCAUUUUAUAACCACUAAUUAAUAUGCCUGCCAUAUUUUGCUAGAGUAGCUGAACACUGCCCUCCCUGUGAGCAAACGCACCAGUUAACAGCUUUUCUUUCAGAUGCACUCACUGAUUGUCCCAUCUGCUUUUCAGUUCAGUAGGAGCCUGGUCCCCAGUCAGUCAGAAGGUGCUUUAAACAGAAGCCCCUAAGACAGUGCUGGCCUGAGUGCCUUGCAGGAGGCAAAAGCUGGUGAAUUAGAAAUAAAGAUGUGAAUGAAUUUAACAGUUCCUAAUCUGUUCUCCCUGGCUGCAAGUGCACGGCAAAUGGGCAGCUUGGGAGUGAAGAUCAGGAGGGGUAAGAGGCUUUGCAGAUGGGUAAAUGAGCCUUAGCCGAGAUGUGGCAAUCCUGAAGUUUGUUGGUUCUUUUUUUCCUAGAAGUGUGAUUCCUUAGAAAAUUUCUGUCUGGUGUGCUUAGUCUGAGAGGGGCAAUGCAUAAGCUGUUAAGAACUGUUAAGAGAGGAGAAAUAUUUUGGGUGUAUUUGCUGAGCUGGGAAUGUUUGAGCACCCUGAAGUUAAUAUAAACUGUUUCAUUUUUCCGAUCACUUCAAUAACAAGGGGAAGGUGAAUUAACUCCCUCUGCCAAAUCCCAGUCCAAUGCACUAACCAUUAGCCCAUCUUCCUUCUCACCGUGUGCUCGUCUUGCUGCUUGGUACAGCACUUGCACCAGAAAAUGGAGUAAGUCUGCUCCUUGCUCCUCCAGAGUCUGUGGCUUGAAUAUAACCCUGUAACUUGUCCUGGUGACAACAGUUUGUUCCUCUCAUUAGUUUUCUCUGUAGAGUCCCCUGGGACAUCUCACUGACACAGAAAGGAAUGCUUUUGGGAACCUUUGAAAGGGAUGAGAAAUUAAGGUUCAAGAUAAUAAGAUGUUGUGUUGUUAAGUGCAGACUGGAGGUCACUGCUGCGGUGGAUGACAUAUGCGUGCAUUUUCAUUUGCAAUGUCUCUGCUUGUCCCUCUCCCUGAAGGCUAGCUUUCCUCCUUCUCAUCUUCAAAGAAAAAUUCAGAACUGCUAAGGAAAAAAAGAAGUCAGCCAAGAAUCUGUUCUCGGUGAGCGUAAAUGAGAUGACUGAUGAUUUUAAAGGCUUGCACAUUUCUGAGUUAUGUUUCUCUAAGGUGGUGAUGAAUCAGGCACUCAUCGUAUGCAUGCCCUUGUCCCAGCUGCAGUGUCCUUCUGCUAGAGCAAAGCAGCCACAAAGCCAUCUUUCCACAAGCCUCUCCCAAGGCAGGAGCUGAGUUGGAGGAAGGGACAUUAGUGUUCCCCACCCCUCCGUUAAGCACUUUACCAUGUGGCUGGGAGCUAAACCAGGGUUGACCAGUCCCUGAAUGAGGAGGACACUGAAAAGUGCUGAACAAUUGGCCCAAUUCGGCACAGCUCCAGGUAUGGUCCUGCAUGCUCCCAGCCUCCCACCAAAGCUCUGCUGUGGCACUUGGGAGCCAUUAUGGGCAAGUGCAGCGCCUGAAAUCUGCUGUACCACCUCGCAGAUACCAAAGCUGGCCUUCCCUCACGGCACAACAGAGACACAUCUUCUAAGGAAAUCGUGUUUAGAAGAAAGAAGCUUGUUUGCUGGUUUUUAAAUGACAUUAUGCAUAAAACAUACAAAAGAUACAUACAUUACUGAUUAAAUUUUAAUGAAAACUGAAAUCGCUCCAGGAUCAAUAUAAUAGUAUUUUCCUUGAAGUUUGGUACAUAUUGGAUCCAGUAACAGACUUAAUCAUUUCCAUUCAGUAAUAUAGCAUAAAAUAUCCUAGCAUCUCAUUCAGCUGUUGACAUUCUCGUAGGCAUGACAAGAACAUUAGAGGCUGGUAUGAGAAGAAAACCUUCUCUAAAUAGGAACUUUCUAAGCAAUGCUGAGCCAGUUUUAGAAGGAUUUUCUGUACCAGGGCUCAUUAUUUUUAAAGUUAGUUUUGUGGCUGGAAGAGAAGCUGCCCUGGAGAUUUUCUCUGCAAACUUUCUGAGUUUUUCCAAGGGCUAACUGAGACGGGAGUCUCCGGUUCUGUUUCUGGAGAGUUUUGCCUCUGAUGUAAUACAGGGCACAAGCCAGCUCGCUUUUUAUGCUGCUUCAGACCCAGAUGGGAAAGCGAGAGCAUAAGUGCAUGCUUUCUGCUCAGGGAGACGCUGUUCUGGAGCCGAGGCACGAGGAGCACUUGGCCUUUGCAGUGCGAGAGGGUCAGAGGAGGGCAGGAUGCCUUGGUGGAAUCCUUUUUCGUGGUGCAGUGAGAGCUGCUCAUCAGUUUAUUCCAUUUCUGGCGUUCAGGAGCCGGGAGGCCAAGGAAGUGACUUUUUGGCCUUCCUUCUGCCUGUCAUAUCUGGCUGGAGCUAGCCAGAUCCAGCUCAUUGUGUCAUGGCAUCUAUGCAUUUAGGGCUGGAUACUGCAACGUGCUCAGUGCACUUAGCCUCCUGUGAGCACCCUCGCAGCCCCCAAGACUCAGGGCAGACUGGACUUGUCUGGGUCUGCAUCCUAGAGGAGUACAGGUGCUGAGCAAAAUUCACGCCAGUCUCAGGCAUGGAGUAACUGUACAAUAAAAAUAUGAAGUAUCCGCAUCAGUUCAUUCAGAGAAUGUUGGGAUGUUUUGCAAGAUCUUCAGAAUGGGAGGAAACGUUUUUUGUGCAUGGGAUUUCAGUAUUUUAAUGUAGGAGGAGUUUGUUUUUCACUUAGUUUUGGGACCAGACUCAUUCCUGUUUUAGACUUGGAAGCCCUCCUUCUGCAGGGGUUGAAAACCCCACAUAUCUUUUAGAGGAGUUUUUUGAAACCAGUGGGAUUUGUAUUUGAGUGAAGAAUGAAGGACUGGGAUAUUUUAGGGAAAAUUGCAAUAAAAAUUAUAUCCUAACGCAAAUGAACACAUCUACAGUCCCCUGAACAUGUCUGAAUGAUGAUAAUGCAUGCCAAAGUCAAGUUUAUGAGCCUGUGAUCAGAGAUUUCAAUCGUAUAUAGAAUUAAAUCCCCCUACUGAGCUGUUCAUGAAGCUUAAGAGAACCGAACUGCUAAUCGAAUGUGUCUUUGUUUUGUUUAUGUUUGAUAUUAAUGCCUUUUAAGAGCAGACAAUUUAUAAAGCAAUAAAUUAUGCUUUACAGUUGUAAUUUAUUUCAACCUCAAAUAAAACAUGUUGCAUUUA